UAAAAAAAUAUUCUUUGUGAAAAAAAAAGAAUCAAAUUUUUUGUAAUAUAAAAAAAAAAAGAAGAUAUUUACAAAAACUAUGAUUCUUUUGAUUGUGUUCAUUUGUUAUGUAGUCAUUUAUAUUGAUGCUACUACUUUAACGUAUGCAAAAGCUUGCAAAUCUCCUUCUCCAUGUCCUUUUACUGAUUGCGUAGACACUUCGCAGUUAACAUCAUUAGGCUUACCUUCGGUAAUUUGUAUUUGUAGAAGAGCGUAUCAAGAUGAGAAUGGAACCUCGUGGAAACAAGGGUAUGAAGCAUGUUCAGACGGUUUUCAACCUUUAUCAUUAAGCCCGCAAGAAAAUGGAACAAAGAUCUCAACUCCUAAUUAUGAGUUUGAAGCUCUUCCGGAUGAUCAAUUUCAAUCUAAUUUAUCCACAUCUAUAAAGCCAUCAGUUGCUCGUCUUUAUCAAUCUACCAAUGGGUUUUUUAUAACAUUUCAAACAUAUUAUUUUCAAAUUGACUUAGAAACUGUAGCCUUUGUUAGUAUGAUAGCUACACAAGGACCGAGGAAUUUUGCAGUUUCCGCAAUUUUAACAUCAUUUUACAUUGAUUAUGGUAAUGAUUUAACGAACCUCGCUAGAUUUCAGUUCAAUAAUAUUAGUUUUCUAUUCAGAGUUCCUCCCGACGUCAAAAAUAAUGAUGUCACAUUCAACUUUUUUGGUUCAUCUGGAAUCGAAGCUAAAAUAAUUAGGGUUAUUCCGUUUAAUCAAAAUGCAAAAUAUUUAAGAUUAGAGUUGUAUGGUAAGAAGACAUUAAAUGAGUGUUCGGUUUCGGAUUUCAAUAGCUGCGAUAAACAAAAUGCCAUAUGUACGGACACAAUUGCUGGCUACAACUGUACUUGUAACCAAGGUUCAUUAGGCACAUCAACAGCAUUUAAAUGUAAUCUAAUAAAUGAAUGCACAACCACUGAUGCUAUUUAUAAAAACAAAUGCAGUUUCAACGCGACUUGCAUGGAUACGCAAUUCGCUUACAAUUGCACGUGCAAAAAAGGUUUUCAAGGAGAUGGUUUUUACUGUGAGGACAUUAAUGAAUGUGCACUGUCUAUUCCUCCAACAAAUCCAACAUGUGACAGUGUUAAAGGAUAUUGUGUUAAUACGAUUGGCAGUCACAAGUGUUUUUGCAAAACAGGAUACUCAGGUGAUGGAACAAAAUGUGUGGACAUUAACGAAUGCAGAAAAGGAAUGGCCAAAUGUGAUAUAAAUGCAGAAUGCUCAAACACUGAUGGAUCAUACGUUUGUACCUGCAAUGGCGGUUAUUCAGGAAAUGGUUUUCAGUGCGAAAACAUUGAUGAAUGUUUGAACUUUCCUUGCUCUCCAUAUGCUAAUUGUACUGAUUUGAAACCAUUCUAUGAGUGUAAAUGCAACAAAGGUUUUUCCGGUAAUGGUAUAACUUGCACUGACAAAAACGAAUGUGAUGAAAAGGAUACUUGUCGAGAGAAUGAAAAGUGUAUGAACACACAAGGAUCAUAUCUUUGCAUAUGCCCUAAUGUUAUGCCUUUGCAAAAACCCUUUAAUGAAGAUUAUUAUGAUCGGAAGGUUCUCGGUUUUUUGCUUAACAACUUAAAAGAUGACACAGAGGGAAAUUAUCAAUUUUCUCUUGAUUAUCAUGCGCAAAAAAUACGUACUUUAUACUACUUUUUAGAAAAAACUUAUGAGUUUCAUUCUUCAAAAGUAAAAGAAUCAUUUUUUAUGAGCCAGACCGUUGGAAGUUACUUUUCAGUUGAGCUUUAUACUUUUCGCUGUACAGAUGUUGCAAAUGUAUCAUUCCCUAAUUUUUGUCAUUCCAGCUACGGAAACUCUUUUUUUUCUUUUUUAACAGAUAUUGUUAACAUCCGGUUAAUAGAAAGCGUUAUUACACCACAAGAAUCUUACGUCACUCCUACUCCCUACAUUUUAACUAAAGAUUUCGUAAACAAUCUACCUGAUACAACAAACGCAAGUUCUGUAUCUAAUGAUACCACAAUAACUAAUGUCGUUCCGCCUUUCAUUUGUAAAAACGAUCCCAUUGUAGGUUCACUGACCACUUCAGAAGGUUAUUUUAAAAGUCCAAUUAUUAAUGAAACAAAUAAAUAUCCUCCAAAUGCCAAAUGCAUAUGGACCAUUGUUGUUCCUGAACCCUUUAAUUUAUAUGUAAAGUUUGAUCAUUUUGAUCUUGAGGUAAGCAAGUCUUGUAUAUAUGACUAUGUGGCUGUCAUGGAUGAGAAUGGCAAUCAACUACAAAAGUACUGUGGAAACAAUAAAACAAAUUACUUGUUACCUGUUAGCUCUGGUAGUAAGAUAAUAGUUGAAUUUUUUAGUGAUAGGGAAGACGAGUAUACUGGUUUUACCGCAAAAUGGGGUCUCUUGUAUCCGCGUGUUACUUUAGCAUGCAUUAUUUAUAACCAGUUAGCUUCUCUACCUGACUCAAUGGUUGAAAAUUGGAAAAACAAUCUUAAACUUGAUCCGAAAAACGAAUUUGUUCCUGUAUCAAAACUUAUAGCAUGUAACCAGUACCCAAAAUGUAAUUUAUCUCGCCCUGGCCCUAUUUUGUACACAUUUCAACAUUUCAGAGACGAUAGAGUUGAAAAAAAGUGCAUUUUUUGGAGUCUUUACUCAACAGCUACCACGUAUUCAGAAAAUGUAUGUAAAAAAAUCAAAACUAACAAAACGCACACUAUAUGUGAAUGUCAAACUUGGGGCAUAGUGUCAGUACUUGGGCGUGCAAAAGUUUAUCGACAAAAAUUCCAAUUCGGAAUAUAUAGUAUUAGAAUAAACUGUUUUUACUCUAGCUUGUUUGUUACGUUAAGUUUGGUUGUUGCUACUGUUUAUUUGUUUUUGAAAGAUCAAUGGGGUGCCACUGCCUUGGAGGCUAUUCGUAUGAAAGAAUUUGAUUCCGGUAGAGUUAUUAAUUUGCACAUUAUGGUAAAUACAUUGAUGACAGAAAUUGUUUUUCUAAUAAUUACUUUCAAUGUGACAGACGAGUCUAUAAGCUGUUACAUAUUAGUUUUCCUUUUCUAUUACUUUUUGCAAGCGGUAUUCUUUUGGUUAUAUAUUUACACAUUAUUUUUGCAAAGUCGAGUACAAGAAAUAUUUGAUUCUGAGAAAUACAACUCUUACAAAAUAUACCUCUUUGUUGGUUACUUUGUUCCGUUACUUGUUACGCUAACAAUAAGUGGCUUAAACUUUGAAGCUUACAGCAAAGAACUAUGUUGGUCAUUAUUUGAGGGAACAAGCGUAUGGGGAUUUUCAAGUGUUAUAAUCACAAUUGCAAUCGUGACGCUUCUUAUGUUGCUUGAUGUGUUUCGAGAAUCAAAAACAUUACCCAAUGGCAUAAUAUUACAAGAAAAGUGCAUGAAAACAGGCUUUACAACGUUUUUUAUGCUUUUAACAGCAAUAUUUGGUGUAGUAGGAAUACAGACUGAGUUAUUUAGUUGGCAAUAUUUGUUUUCUCUGUGUAACCUACUGCAAGGAUUUUCAAUUGUCAUUUUAUACUGUAUUUUAAGAAGGGAAGAUCCGAUAAUUAAGGCUAAUCAAAUCGGUCCGAUCCCAGAAAAAAUAGAAGAUGACGAUGGGGACGAUAUUGAAGAAACUGAAGACGGCAAAGUAUUUUUAGACAUAUCUCCGUACGAAAGUGAAGUUGAAGAUGUUGAUGAUGUUAAAGAAAACGUUCCUAGCGAGCAAAAAGAAUUUCCUUUGCGCAAAAAAAUAAUUGUUGUGAUUGAAUCGAAUGAAAAGGAGAUUAUUUAUGACGCCGCAUUAGAUGAGCAAGAUAAAAAUGAUUUGUUAAGUGAUGAAGAUCAAGAAAUAGAAUUUAGGAACGAAAAUGAAGAGGAUUUUUUUGUGCGAUAAAAAUGUUGAACAAUUAGUCCUAAAAAAGCUUUUAGUUUAAUUUUAUGCUCAAGAAUAUAAUAAUAAUAAUAAAAACAUUAAAUAAACUAAACUUGAAUA